AUGGUUGUGAUGAAGCAAGUUUGUGUUCUCGGAUGUGGUUCAAUGGGCACUGUGUUGUGCAAUUUAGUUGCAGAAAGAUUAUUGAGUUUGCCUGGGUACAAUUCAAAGGUUCUGUGGUAUGUCAGAGAUGAGAAAUAUUGUGACUGUGAUCUCAAGGAGCACAUAAGAACUUACGGAGAAAAUAAAAAGUACCUUCCUGGAGUUAAGAUAUUGGAAAAUGUAGUUAUUUCUGAUGAUGCUGGUGCUGUCGCUGAAGCCGCAGAUGUUGUUCUUUUUGCUUAUGCCACUCGUCACGUCACUGAAAUUUUGGAUGCUGUAAAGUCACAUCUAAAAAAAGAUGUUCUCUUCGUUUCUUUCUCUAAGGGCUUGGUCGUCCGUGAGUCAGCUAGCAGUUUCGUACAACCAGAUAUCGUGUUAGUCAGCGAGGAAAUUCGUCGAGUGACGGGACUCGAAUCUAUAGUUAUUAGUGGUGCUCUGACAGCUCGUGGGCUUGCAGGUGGAGAGUUCUGUGAGGUUACACUUGGUGCUAAAUGUCAGAAGGACUCUGAAGAAAUUAAGCAGAUUCUUCACGUAAGUAAAACUGUUAACUAUUUAAAUUAUCCUCUUCGACGUAGUCUUAAGAAUGUGAAACUCAUUAUUUGUCAGAAGUUAGAAUUGUCUAAAAUUGGUACUAGGCAAAGUGGACUCUGCAUUAUUGAUUUUAUAACCUGUAGUCUCAACGACCUGAAAGAAGUUCUAUACUAG